AUGAAUGUGUCAUAUAUAGUCAACUGGAAGCAAAUACCAAAGGCAUGGAGUCGCGAGGCAGAAGCCUGGAUAAGCGGAGAUAAGUCGCAAUCAAGCCUAGAACUGAAAGGGGACGAAACUACCCAGGCAAUUCCAAGGCUUGGAAUUCGCGGACCGAUUCUGCAUCAUGCUCCGCCUGAGGGUGAAAAAUUACGGUUCAAAAGUGGACAAGAAACGGCCAACUUGGCCUCCAGCAACUGA